AUGGAUACUCGACCCAAGAUAGAGCCAGACCAUCCUACCCGCGUCUUGUCGGCGAACUUCUCCGACUCAGGCCUGCACUUUGCUGUGGGGCUGGAGAAUGGGUUCCUCGUGGUGCAUGCCGACUCGGGCCAGUUGUCCCUCAACCAAGACCUUGCUGGUGGCAUAGGCCUUGCGCAGAUGCUUGGUCAGACUAAUAUCAUCGCCUUGGUCGGCGGUGGUCGCAUGCCGAAGUUCGCUGCCAACAAGGUCUUCCUGUGGGAGGUUAUCAAGAAGAAGCCUGUCUCCUCCAUCAGUGUCAAGACUCCUGUGCGUGCCGUUCGCAUCAACCGCGAGAAAGUGAUCGUGGUUCUGCAGAACAGUGUGGAGUUUCAUGCUCCCUGGAACAAGCCCAAGGAAAUGCAGAAGGUCGCGGUCUAUGAGACUGCCGACAAUCUACAUGGCUUGAUCUGUAUGUCCGCCAAGCACAUCGCGUUCCCGGGCCCCACUGCUGGACAUGUCCGACUUGUCGAGUUGGCCACCGACAAUGUCAGCAUCAUCCCGGCGCAUUCUACUCCGCUGCGAGCCAUGGCCUUCAGUGAGAAAGGAGAUAUGCUGGCCACCGCCAGCGACAAGGGAACCCUGAUCCGCAUCUGGAACACGCGGAACUGCGCUCGCAUUUGCGAGCUUCGCCGCGGCAUGGACAGCGCCAUCAUUUUCUCACUGGGAUUCAGCAGGCUGGGCAAUAUUCUCGCCUGUACAUCUGACAAGGGCACGCUCCACGUGUUCGACGUCCCCUCCCCGGACAACCUGAAAGACCUCCAGUCGCCUUCGAGCCCUAUCAGCCUGACGUUCCAGGCCAGCCGUCCUAGUGCGACAGCUGCGGCCGUGGAGGAGGGCAGAGGAAAGUGGGGUCUUCUCGGAAAGAUACCUUUCAUGCCGCGAGCGUUUUCUGACCAGUAUUCAUUCGCGUCCGUCCCCUUUGAGCUUGGCGACGAGCCUACCGGUGGCCUGUCCGCGUUUUCUGAUGUCGCCAGCCUUGGUACCACGCGGCCCCCGAAAGGAAUCCUGGCCUGGACCGAUGAGGAAACUAUCAUUGUCGUUGGUGCCGGUAUCGAUGCCCGCUGGGAGAAAUUCAAGGUGGAGCUGGACGACGAGGGUCGCCGCCGUGUCCGUCGCGAGGGCUGGAAGCGGUACUACAGAGACAUGUAG